CCAGUUUACCUCUGUGUUGAAACAAUGAAAGAAGUUAGGUUUCAUUGACCUUCAGAUCUGGAAACUCAGCGCUCUGCACGAAUUUGUGAGUACACUGGACAGCAGCUUGGAGUAGUAGAAAGAACAGAGGCAAUGAUGUUAACCACUGUAGAUUCCAGCCCCCUCCCAGUUUUUUAGUGGUGGAGAGAGCCCCAGUAAGGGCUGAGAUUUACCUCCCUUACCAUAGAUCAGUCGCUGUGGGGGACUCAGUGAACAGAUUUAGUUUGAUUUAGGUUAGUAAAUGAAUAUGACAUUUCUUAUACCUGAACGUAAAAUGCAGUGGCAUUACAAUUAUUCAAAUUAUCAUGGUGGCAUGGGAUAAAGGUGGAUAGCAAGCAUCAGGAAAUCAAAUGUCUGGUGACAACAGCAAUUUCACAGGUGAUGGAGCCAGCUGGUUUCUUCAGAAGAUUUUAAAGAGCAUGCAUGGAGAAAAGAAGAAAUUGAAAACCGUGAAUGUCCCACUGAGAAGAACAAAGUGGACAAUCAGUAAGAUUUAAUGGCAGAAAGAGUCCCUCAUUUCCUGCAGGGCAGAAAUAACUGAAAACUAAAUCCAGUGCCUGCUGGCUGGAGACGACAGUGAGGGUGCUGCAGUGGAAUUGGGUUCCCAGCUCUGAAAGGGAAUUAAUGAGAUCUCAGAGCAGAAGAGGCCAGAUGAUGGUGCCUAUCAUCAGAGACAAGGUGGGUGCAAUUACCAUAAUAAUCCACAGGGACAGGAUGUUAGCCAGAGUAUUUUGAGGAUCAGAACUCUGUAGCAAUGACUAAUUCAGUGUAGGAUUUCUAGAAUGAAAUAGUUGGAGAAGCAUCUAAGGUGCUAUUUAACACAUAGGGGAAGAAAAUUUCUAGGUCUAGUAGUCAGAAAACCUAACCUGAACUGCUGUAGUGAAGAUUCGUGGCUUCCUACCCACUUUCCAGAUCUAAAGAUCACAGACCUGAAGCCCUUAGACUGAGGUGAAGGCCAGGUCCCUCUGAGGAAGAACUUUGCAUGGUGGUGUAUGCAAUUAUGGGGUGAAUUGCCAUGCCCCACUCCCCAAAUUUGCAUGCUGAAUCCUUAACUCCCAAUGUAACUGUAUUUGGAGACAGGGCCUUUAAAGAGGUAAUUGAGGCUAAAGGAUGGGGCCCUAACAUAAUAUGAUUGCUGUCCUUAUAAGAAGAGGAAGAGAUAUCAAGGAAGUGUAUUCACAAAAGAAAGGCCAGUUGAGGACAUAGCAAGAAGGAGAGAUGCCUCAGGAGAAACCAAACCUGCUAGCACCUUGAUCUUGGACUUCCAGCCUCCAGAACUGUGAGAAACAAACUUCUGUUCUUUAAACCACCCAGUCUGUGGUAUUUUGUUAUGGCAGCCCAAGCAGACUAUACUUGGUGACAGGACUCUUCCCCCAAGCCUUCCCCAGAGAUACUUGUGGCCAUUUACCAGAGGACUGUGCAUUGGGAGAGAGAAAGAGCCAGACCUUCUGGGGGGUUCAAUACUGGCUCCAUACUGAUGCUAAUUCCCAGAGAUGCAAAAUGCCACUGUGGUCCAUCAAUCAGGUAGAAGAUUAUAAAGGUCAGGAGACAGAAGGACUCUGGAUCUGAGUCUGUCUGGAGACCCAGCCUGAGACUAUUUCCCCAGGCUUAAAAUUUAUCUAAUUUAAAUAGAUAAAUUUAGUGAUUGGCAGGGCGCCAAUAUUGGGUUCCUUCUGAUAAAGUGAGGGCUACUAUUGAAAGAGUACAGAGGAGAAGCCCAUAGAUUUCUUCCUCAUCCCCUGCCAAGAUAAUAAACCAAAUUCCUAAAGCAAUACUACAUCCCUGGGGAAAUUACUAGAAUUCACGUCAUUAUCAAAGACUUGAAAGAUGCUAGGGUAUUAAUUUCACAUCCCCACUUAAUUUGCCUUUUUGGCUGAUGCAAAGGCUCCAUGGGUUGCAGAGAAUGCAAGUAGAUCAUCACAAACUUAACUAGCUUGUAAAGCCAAUUCCAGCUGCAGUUCUGCAUGUGGUGUCUUGACUGGGGCAAAUAAACACAGCCCCUGGGAGCUAGAAUACAGCUAUUAGCCUAGAAAAUGUUCUUUAAACACUAUAUAUAUGAUCAAAGACGACCAGAAGCAAUUUGCCUUCACAUGAAGUCUUCAUGUCCAUGUCAACUCUCCAAUUUCCUGUCGUAAUAAGUCCUUGGGACCUGGUGCUGGUCCAUGAUGUUGAUGAAAUUAACGUAUGUAACUGAAUCUGGUAAGCAAGAAAUAGCAAACACACUAGAUGCCUUAGAAAGAUAAAUGCAUGCUAGAGAAAUGCAUUCAGGAGUCUGCUCUGUUUGUGGGAUUUCCAGGGAUCCAGUAGUCUAGGACAUCUCAAAAUAUCCCCUAAAAAGUGAUGGACAAAUUCUUAUACCUCAUAUUUCCCAGCAUGAAAAAAGAGGCAAAAUGCUUGGGAGGCUUCUUUGGAUUUUACAGUUAACACAUUUCUCGUUUGGGCAGGCUGUUUUGGUCCAUAUACCUAGUAUCCCACAAAGCUGCUAGUUUUGGUGGGUCCUAGAGCCAGAAAAGUUUAUGCAGAGGAUCCAGGCUGGGACAUAAGUUUAUUUGUCCCUUAAGUCUUAUGAUUUAACAGACUCAACAGUUUUAGAAAUGUUUGUGGCAGAUAGAAGUGCUGCAUGGAGUUCUUGCAAGCCCCAGUUGAAGAAUCACAGGGUAUAUCUCUAGGGUUUUGAAGUAAGGCCAUGUCCUCUUCUGCCUUGCUGAAAAUCAGCUCCUAGAUUGCUAUUGGUCCAUUACAGAGACUGAACUCCUAACCCUGAAACACGAAAUGACUAUUUAAAUUAAACUGCCCACCAUGAGCUUGGAAUGACCUGAUCUACCAAAUCAUAAUGGACAUGCACAGGAACAUUCUAUUAAAAAAAUAUUGGUAUAUGGGAGACCAAACCCAAGCACACCUGAAAGGUAAAAGUAAACUUCGUAAGCAAGUAACACAGACUCCUAUAAUAUCUGCUCCAACAGCUUUUCCACCCAUUUCUUAGUCCGUAUUUAUAGAUAGUCUCAUAGGGAGGUCUAGAGCAGAGGAGAAAAAGCAUAGGCCUGAUUUAUGCAUCAAUCUGCAUGGUAUGCUGGCCCCAGCCGGAAAUAGAUGGCUACUGCCAUUUCACUGUAGCCCACUCAAGUGGCCCUGAAAAACAAUAGUGAAGGGAAAUCCUCCCAUUGGGCAGAAUUUGAGGCACCAUAUUUGUUUGUUCGUUUCACGUUAGAGGAGAUCUGAGAUAUAGAUCCACACUAAUUUGUGGGCACUGGCUAAUGGGUUGGCUAUCUGUGCAGGGAUUUAGAAAGACAAAGAUUUAAAAAUUGGCUACAAGAAGGUGUAGAGUAUGGCAUGUGGAUGAACCUCUCAGAGGGCACAGAUGUGAAGUGUGAAGAUAUUUGUGUUCCAAACAAAUGCUUACCAAAGAGAAGCUACUGCAGAGGAGGCUCUAAAAAAUUAGAGGUCGAGAUAACCCAACCUGUGGAUGUCAGUCUUCCCAAGUCACUUGCCUGCUCAGUGGGUCCAUGUCCAAAGUGACCAUGGUGGCAGAUAUGGAGGUUAUGCAUGAAUUCAGCUGCUUGACUUCCCCUCAACAAAUUCAAUUUGAUUAUUGCCACUGAUGAGUGCCCGAACCACCACCAGCAGAGAUCAGCAGAAAACCCUUGAUAUGGCACCAUUCCCUGACAAAAUCAGCCAGCUAUCUGGUGGCAGACUGAUUAUAUUGGACUAUUCCAUCAUGAAGAGGUCAAUGCUUUCUUCCUGUAGGGAUUGAUAUACGUUCUGUGUACUGACUUGCCUUCUCAACUCAUGGUAUUUCUGUCAGUAACACCAUUGUGGACUUACGGCAUGACUUUAUCUAAGGUGUCCCACAUAGCAUCCCUUCUGACCAAGGGAGACAUUUUUCAGUAAAGGAACUGUGGCAACAAGCUCAACUCACGUAAUUCAUUGGCUUUACCACGUGCAGCUGUCUUGACAGCACAGUGGAAUGGUCUGUUGAAGACUCACAUGUAGUGCCAGCUGGAACAUAACAGUCCGAGAGGGUGCUGUCUUACGGGAAGCAGUAUAUUCCUUAAACCACUGGCUGAUAUAUGUUGCUAUCUUCCUCAUGACUGGAAUGCACAGGUUCAAGAACCAAAGGGUUUUGAAGUCGGGCAGGGGUAGGGGGGAGUACCUCCUCUUACUCUUAAACCAAAUAACCUACCGUAGGAAUUUUUUCUUCUUGUUCUGUGCCCUUAGCCUCCGUAGAUUGAAGGUUCUUGUGCCCAGGAAUGACAUGCUUUCUCCAGGGAAUACAGUGAAGGAUCUGAGAGACUGGAAGCUGAGAUUGCCCCCUGGCCAUUUUGGCCCCUCCUGUCGCUGAAUAAGCAGAAAGGAGUCACCUUACUGGUUGGGGUGAUUGAUCCUGAUUACUCAGGAAAUCAGGGAAAACUGGGAAGCUGCUACUCAAUAGGGGUAAACAGGACUAUGUCUGGAACCCAAGGGAUUCCCUCAAGCAUGUCUUAUUACUCCCUUGUCCAGUAGUUUUUGUCAACAGAAAACUGCAGCACCAAUAAAGAAGAGUACCAAAGACUCAGGUUCCACAGAAAAGAAGGCUUGAUUCACCCUCAAGGUGAAGAAGAGCAUACAGCUGAGGUACUGGUAGAGGGUAAGGGGAACAUGGAAUGGGUGGAAGAAGGCAGCUAGGAUUACCAAACUAGACCUUGUGAGUAGCUAUAGAAUCAAGGAGUGUAUCAGUUGACUGCUUAACUGUUUCCCGCCACUCCUGCCUUUUCCUCUAACCACCUUAUAUGAAUAAUACUGGGAAUGGCUUUAAAAAAGUUUCAGUUGAGAGUAUGACCACAUUGACCUAAAUUACAAUGACUCAGAAGCUGAUGUCUUUUUAUAUUUCGAUUGAGAUAGGGAACACAGAUCUCUCACUCAUGGAGGAAGAACAUGGACGUGAGGGGCAAAAGGCUUGGACUGUGCUGGAUGACUUCCACUGACCCUUCAACAUCCACUGGAAGGAAAUUGGCAGAUGGGAAGAGAGUGAGGGUGACAGAUAAACUGGAAGCCAAAAGUGAUGGGAUUGAGACCUCUGCAGGAAAGGACUAGGUUCCUCCAAGGCCAAAAACCAGAUAGGGGUGGAAAGUAUGAGAGGGUGUUGAGACAACCCCACUAUGUCAGACGUUCGAGGAUCCCCUAUCCCCGAAAGAACCCAUGAAGCAGUGAAUAAACCUCAGACUGGCAAGGUCUCUGACUUGAGUCAGCAGGUGUGGAUCCUUCAGGGUCAGACCCUCGUGACAGUUCCACGGAGUGACAGAGUGGCUGCAGUCACGGUCACUGUUGUCCCAUGUAAGUAUCCAGAGUCUCUUGAACAAGGCAAAGGGAUUCCCAUUUAUCUGGGGAUCCAGGAUCCAGAAAUGUGUCUGUCUUGUGAGGACGUUGAAGGGCAACCCACACUGCAACUGAAGGAGCAGAAGAUAUUGGAGCUGUACAACCAAGCUGAGCCCGUGAAGCCCUUCCUCUUCUACCACGUCAAGACUGGCAGGACCUCCACCUUCGAGUCCGUGGCCUUCCCUGGCUGGUUCAUCGCCUCCUCCGAGAGAGGCCAGCCGAUCUUCCUCACUUCUGACCAGGGGGCAGUGCACAAUACUGCCUUCAACAUCGAUUUCAGUGCUUGAACUCAGCCUGGAGGUGGCAGCUUAGUCAGAGGUUUUGUCUUAAAUUUUCUAGUUCCUAGUGUGUUUUCAUCUAUAUUAUUGCAGUGUCAUUUCACAUCAGUGCUGAGAGGUGAGCUGGGCCCUGUUCUCAUCUCAUUUGUGAAUGGAGCAGAAGCGGUGACUUCAUGACAACCGAGGAAUAGAAUAUGGGCUCAGAGCAGGAGGGAGGGGUGGUGUAAGGCUCUUCUCCCAAGCUGAAGCUGUCCUGCCCACAAGCCAUUUGCAUGAGCACAUCAGGACCCAAAGAUGGUAGAGCCUUCUCCUGAGGGUGGACAUGAAAAAGCCCAGAGCUCAUGAAUCUUACCCAAGAUCGCGUGGCUACCGUGCAAAUGAUCUUUGUUUUUCUUUUGCUUUGUUUUCUUUCCUACUUGGAUUACAUUUUCUGUAUUCUCUAUAGUUUGCCAGUACACCUCCAAGUGUGUGAUACAUCCUGUUAAGGGUUAGGCCCUUUUAAAGAAAAAUAAUGUUUAACAGUAAUAAAAUAUUUUUGUCCUAAUUCUAACGUGUAAACAGAAAGCCAAAUAUAAACUUCAUAUGUUCAUACCAUAAAAAGACUAAAACAGAUAUAGAAUGAAACAGAAAACAAAGAGUAACCUGAAAUUAGCAAAAGAGGAAUUGAAUGAGGACGUCACAGUGGGUGAGCCCAGGACUGGGGGAGAAGGGACAGUGAUCCAUGGUGACUGGGUGCGUGGGAGGUUAAGCAUGUGAAAGCACCACUAGCUGUAUACUUUCUCUACAGUCUCACAGCUUUGCUUUCUCCCUGCUUCCUCCAGUCUUUUCCUUUCAGGCAAACUCAGCAUCCACAUAUGCCCUUUAAAAACUGUAGUAAAGGUACUUUUUGUGGAACAGAUAGCCUGGGUCACUCCCCAGCCAUGCUUCUGGUGAUGUAUUCUGAUGAAAUUUAAUAACUGAUUGUGGGUAUAACUGGAGAAAGACGUAGCUCAGAUCUGGUCCUGUAUAUGAUAGAUUUCUUCUUUUGACCCUGAUACUACAAACGCAGAAUAUUCUGUUUGCUUAAGUACUGUCUCCAAAAUAGCACCAGUAACUUAAGGGUUUUUUUUUUCUGCUUUUGGACAAUCAGACCACAUACUCUGCUAGGCAUGCCAGUGAGCAAUCAGUAAGCACUGAUUUAUUACAAUGUCUCUUGAUUCUUUAAAGUGUUCUUCUUCAACUAAAUAUAAUUUUAGCACUGCAGUUUUAUAAAAAUCAACAUUAAAAUGGCACUAUGCUAAUUAGUUUUAGAAUAUCAAAUAGAAUAAUUAGUCACUGGAUAUUUACUGCUGUACUCACUGCUAAUAAAUGGUGGCAGCUUGUUACAUCUGCCAAUUUA